AUGAAAAUGGAAGGAGCGAGGUUGGCGCCUACAAACACAUACGUCAAUCAAGGACUGAAAGAAACUCUCCACAAACAAACAAAUUUGCACUCUAAAGAGCUGCUACAAUCUACAGGUACCAAAAAAGUACAAAAAUUUUCUAAAAAUCCUGUAAUACCAAUCUCCGACCCCCGUACCAUCCUAAAAUCAAACAAUUUGGAAAAUAGUAAAGGUAGCGGACAUUACGAAAGCACCCGCGACAAAAAUAGUGAAAGUGAGGGGGGACAUCUAAAAUUAGACAAUUUUAACGUACCUAUGAUCACUAAAGAUUACAAUUGUGACGUAAAUUACAGAAAUCAAUAUCUCCAAAAUUAUGGUUAUCAUAGGGAAUAUAAUUACUCGAAGGGACAUGAAAAAAAUAUAAACCUUCAAUGCAAAAUUAAACCACUCCAAUGCCUGACAAACUGUGAAUCCUCUUCAAUCGAUUCCAUUAGAUUAUUCCGAUCCGAUGCCCCCUCCAACAGUGAUUAUUCGUCGUCACUUGGCGAUGGGAAUUUUUAUAAAACUCAAGAACAAUUUGAGAGGGAAAGACAAAUAAAGUUAUUCAGCCUAAUCUCCAAUAGGAGAAUAUAUGACCCAGACGGACCAAUCAAAUUCGAUUUCCCGCCCAAUGGGCAUAUCAAAACAACUAGAGCCGAACUAUUCCCAUGGCCAAACGAAUCCACUCGUGUUCUUAGCGUCAAUUCCAGCAAGAGGAGGAUACAUAAAGCAUGUUGGGUUUCAAAAUCUUGCAAUGGAGCGGUAGUCCCAGCCGCUGUGAAAUUUGUUGAAGAUUCAAAUCCAAGAGAUGGCAGGUCUAUAAGAAGGGAAAUUGAGUGUCAUUUGUUUUUAUACCAACGGAUGUCCCAAUUGGCUGGGGUUCAAAAACAUUUUAUGCCGUCGCAUAUGAUUCAAGAUGCUUGGCCAUGUUCGGAAAUGCUCGGAUAUUAUUUAGACAAGAAAAUACCAGGCGCUUCAAUUUUGAUAACCAGAAAAUUAUCUGGCCCUGAUUUUUUCGAUUUGAUACGCGCGGAAUCUGAAAGUAAUGCUGCGUGGAAAACGCAUGCACAAUAUCAGUUAAACAAACUGGAGUGGUGCAUAUUAGCUUUGGAGCGUAUCGCAGUAUAUGGAAAAGUAGGAAUAAGGCAUAACGACAUAAAACCUGAUAACAUAGUACUAGAUAUUUAUGAAAAUGUCAAAGGUGAACAGUGUACGGAUGUAAAAGUUAUAGAUUUGGGAACGGCUUCAAUGUCGUUUGCCAAGGAUUUCACAGGGGGUACAUCAUGGUAUGAGUCUCCAGAACAGAAAAUGAGAGAGUAUUAUACAAAGAAGAAGAAAGAACCAACACGUGGACAACAUAUAGAUAUAGAUAUAUCGUCAGAUGCUUGGGGAGCGGGCUUAUCAAUUGCAGAAGUUUUGUCUGGCAGAAGAGCAGUUGAUGUUAUGAGACCACCUGCUGGACCUGGUCAAUUGGAAUUUUUAGGCCCUCCCAAUGACCAUUUUGACGGUGACAAUGACACAACUUCAAAAACAAUACCAUGCUCUCCAUCUGAUGAUUCAGCCAGAAUGCUUUGUAAUUAUAUGGCGUCACCUAAUGAUUCAUGCAGCAGCGACACAUCAAUGCAGUAUCUGGUAGAAGAUGAAAUUUCUACAUUUAUCCACGAUGGGCAAGAGUGCAACGAAUUGUGUAGAAAAUCAUGGUCGAUGUGCCCAGGAAAAUGGGUUGAUUUAGUUAAAAAAUCUAUUGGACUAUCCCAUGAUUUGAAUAAACACCGUUUCCCAAUUUGUGCAAAAGCAGCGGUCAUAGUUAUUGACAGUCUAGUCAAACCUAAUCCCAGGAAUAGACGUAAUGUAUCGGAAGUAGCGACGAUCUUACGUUCUCUGCUGGGAAAAAUGUAA